CAUGACAACAGAACAAGAGAGAAGACAACUGUUGAACAGAGAUAAGACACCAAUUUUCUAUCUCUGUUUCUGUGUUUAGGAUAGAAGAAGUUUAUCCACUUGUUGCCAUUUAUCUCGCAACAUUUGCCAUUUAUCAACCUGUCCCAAAAAAGGGCAAAACGGAAGUGACAUUUUGUAACUAAUGGUAUUAUUACAACAACACAGUUUGCGUGGUACCAGAUGGAAAAAAAAAGGAGAGUAAAUAUUGGGCCUACAGUAAUCUAAAUAACAUCUCUUUCAGCAGCUUAUCUUUGAGUCCUUAUCCCUUUCAAACAACAACAAGAGAGUUUUUAAUUUGUCGUUUCAAUUCUCUGACAGUUCCUCUACAAACCCCAUAUCUUCUUUUGUCAUCUUUUUUUUCUUAAGGGUUGUGGAGGUUGUUUUGCAUUGGUUUUUGAGGGGAGAGGGGGAGGAUUUUUUUUGAAAACCCUUGAAUAAUCCUUUGCUUUAAAGGUUUAUUCUUUUGGAUUAAAUCGAGGGUUUUUCUUGUUUGUUCUUGAUUUUCAAGGGAUUAAUUUAUCUGGGUUGUUUUUGGUUUUAUUGGUUAAAGAUGGCUUUAGGGUCAGUUUUAUUGGAGAUUCUGCAUAGACCUACAACUGGUCAAGUGUUGAGUGAGCUUUUUAUUUUUGCGAUUCCUUUGUGGGUUGCUGUUGCUAUUGGGGUGCUUGUUGGGUGGGUAUGGAAGCCUAAAUGGGCUAGCAAUUUGAGUAGAGAAAUGUUGUUGGAUGCUAAACAAGGAGGGGAAUUUUCAGCAACAUCAUUGAGUACCAUGAUUCCUAGUUUGAAUAUUUUGAAGUUUCAGUUGCCAAGUUGUGUUUUUCGGGCUGCUGAUGAUGGUGGGAUUCAAACGGACUCUUUCUCUGUGCGACGUACCCUCAAUUCUAAAUGCAGUUCAUCAAAAAUGGAAAAGGAAAAAACAAAUCUAGUGAUGGAAGAUGAUUUGGAGCAUUUGUGCAAGCUUGUUGAAGUGAAAGAUGGAGGUCCUGCUUGGAUUCAAAUGAUGGAUCGUUCUACACCGACUAUGAACUAUCAAGCUUGGCGUAGAGAUCCCGAGACUGGCCCUCCACAAUAUCGUUCCAGAACUGUUUUUGAGGAUGCAACUCCUGAAAUGGUGAGGGACUUCUUUUGGGAUGAUGAAUUUCGAGCCAAGUGGGAUGACAUGCUUGUACAUGCUGAAACUUUGGAAGAGUGCCCUACCAGAGGAACCAUGGUGGUCCAGUGGGUGCGCAAGUUUCCCUUCUUUUGUAGUGACAGAGAAUACAUCAUAGGCCGUCGAAUCUGGGAGUCAGGUCGAUUGUACUACUGUGUUACAAAGGGAGUUCCUUGCUCCUCUGUGCCAAGGCGUAACAAACCAAGGCGUGUUGAUCUGUACUAUUCAAGCUGGUGCAUUCGUGCAGUUGAAUCAAAGAGAGGGGAUGGUGAGCUAUCUGCCUGUGAGGUGAUGCUGUUCCACCAUGAGGACAUGGGUAUUCCUUGGGAAAUUGCAAAGCUUGGAGUUCGGCAAGGUAUGUGGGGAGCUGUAAAGAAGUUGGAGCCUGGUUUGCGUGCCUAUCAGAAACAUAGAGCAUCUGCCGCACCACUUUCACGAAGUGCUUUCAUGGCUCAGAUCAACACCAAAGUGAGUGCAGACUACCUGAGAUCUUUGGAGACCAGCAUUAGUGAUUCAUCAGAGAUUGAAAUUCGAGAAACAUCUGAGAAACCUGUUGGGCAUAAUGUGCCUAAGUUUUUAGUCAUUGGUGGGGCUGUUGCUCUUGCUUGUACUCUUGAGCGGGGGCUCUUAACUAAGGCUCUUAUAUUUGGAGUGGCUAGAAAGUUUGCAAGUAGGAGGUCAUGAUACCGGAUUUUUUUUUCUACCUUCAUUCUGAAGGCACUGGACGAAGUUGACUGCUCAUGCAGUGAAGUGAGAAAUAGUCCAUUGUUGAUCUCCAUGCCCCUUUUAGAAGGAAUAGAGGCUUCCAUUUUUUAUUUCCGCAGUUGAGCUAAGCGCAGCUUCACUUCAGGACAGAGAAGGUGAAAAGUUCUUGUAAUUGUUGUAUUCACAAAAUUGAGCAAAUUGAUGUCAUUAAAUGAUAUAAGCUGCAGAAAUAACAGGAGUUCAAGGUUCUUUUCUUGUUCAUUUAAAA